CUCUGUCUCUUUAACGCGCGCUCCCGGCGCCCGGCGCGCGCUCCCGCCUCUAUAACUGGCGCCCAUGGAAUUGCAUUGGGCUCAGAGGGAACAGGACCAAGGAGCCAAGCGCAGGCUUUUAAAGGGAAAGAGUCGCUUUUAAAGAACCCGCCGACACCGUCCUGUCUCGUCCCACCCCGUCGAGCGCUUGGCUGCUUACCGGGGAGACCCUCCAUAGAAGAGCCGCUCGUCGCUCGGUUUUAACGGAUUCUGUCGCCGGGGGUGGGGGCUCCUUUUGUGGCUGGGACUGCUGUUCUCAUCAAAGCCAUCUACCCCCGCCCCGCGUUUGGGGGCAUUUUCCUAAGAGAUUGGGGGGGUUGGCUGCCGUCCAAAUGUUGGUGCACACGUAUUCCACCAUGGACCGUUCCGAUGGGCUGAACGGGAGCUCCACCGGAGGCCGCCUCUCUCAGCUCUCCUCCCUCAACCAGGCGGCGGCGUAUUCCGCGGCUCCCCCUCUGUGCCACACGCCGGCCUCGGACUUCCAGCCGCCUUACUUCCCUCCGCCUUACCCGCAGCCGCCGCUACCCUACUCCCAGAGCCAGGAGGGCGGCUACCCGCACCUGGGCGACCCCUACACCGCCAUCAACCCCAUCCACCAGCACCAGCAGAGCGGCUGGCACUCCCAGCGGGCGCGCCAGGAGGAAGCGGCCGGGCUCCUCUCGCAGACGCACCGCGCGCUUGGCCUGGAUCCGCGCAGGGACUACCCGGGCGUGCCGCGCUUGCUCCACGGCUUGGCCGACGGGGCGCACGCCUUGAGCGACGGGCCGCUGGGACUCCACGCCCUGGGCCACCACAGCAUCGAGGACAUCCAGGCUGUGGAUGAAACUGGCAUGAAUCUCUUGGACCAGUCUGUGAUCAAGAAAGUGCCCAUCCCCUCGAAAGCAAAUGGCACCACCAUCUCUGGCCUCACGAUGAGCAAGGACACCCUGAUUGGAGGGGUGACAAACCCCAACGAAAUCUUCUGCUCUGUGCCUGGGCGCCUCUCUCUCCUCAGUUCCACCUCAAAAUACAAAGUGACUGUUGGGGAGGUCCAGAGACGGCUCUCACCCCCUGAAUGUCUAAAUGCUUCCCUUCUCGGUGGAGUCCUCCGGAGGGCGAAAUCUAAAAAUGGUGGAAGGUGUUUAAGGGAAAGAUUGGAGAAGAUAGGAUUAAAUCUACCUGCUGGGAGACGCAAAGCAGCAAAUGUCACCUUGCUAACAUCACUGGUGGAAGGGGAAGCUGUUCACCUUGCUCGAGAUUUUGGUUAUGUGUGUGAAACAGAGUUUCCAGCGAAGGCUGCAGCAGAGUACCUCUGCCGCCAACACUCUGACCCUGGCGAACUCCAUGCCCGGAAGAACAUGCUGUUAGCGACCAAGCAAAUCUGCAAAGAGUUUGCUGAUUUGAUGGCCCAAGAUCGCUCUCCACUCGGAAACAGCCGCCCAUCACUCAUCUUGGAACCUGGAGUUCAGAGUUGCUUGACCCACUUCAGCUUAAUAACUCAUGGUUUUGGGGGGCCGGCAAUCUGUGCAGCACUCACAGCGUUCCAGAACUACUUGGUGGAGUCACUCAAAGGCCUCGAUAAAAUGUUCAUGAACAGCACAGGCAAUGGCCACUCAGUCGGUGACUCCAAAACAUCAGAAAAAGAAGUGAAACAUCGGAAAUGACCCCCACAGUUCCCCAUCCUGCCCACUAAGAGGGCUCUUCCCCUUCCCAGUUUAUGAGAUAGGAGGCCUGGUCUGAUCAACGUUGGGAAAAGAACAAAGCAGUUCAGACCCUCUCUCUCUCCCGCCACGUUUUCUGAACUGUGACCGAUGUAUCUCGGAAACCAAGUCUACAAAAAAUGAAGAAGACUGCAGAAGAAAGAACAUUGAUAUGGACCUGACAGAGACUGAAGUAAAUCAUGAGCUGUUGGGGGUUUCUGUUGUCACUUUCGAUAUUCAGUAGUGGAUACCACCCGGAAAUCAGGUUACAUGUGCAAUUACUUUUUUAAAAAACUUUUUUGUAAAGUCCACAAUCAUAAAACAUUGAGCUGUUUCAAGAGACCGUGCAACAAAAAAAUGAAGAGAUCUUAGUGGAAUCAAGAACUGCUUAAGAGUCAAAGGGCUAGAGGAUUUUUUAUUUAAAUUGUCUAAUGAGACAGGCCUGGAAACAGAAGGCAGAAAGAGAGAGAGAGGUGUCUACUGAUGCUCACCUCUGUCACAGUCCUGUGGUCAAGGAAAGAGGGAGCUUACCUGUUAUGCUGUCACUGAGCAGCUCUGUGACUUCUUUUAUGCAUUCCAACCAAUUGGAACUCACUGUGCAUUUUCUCCAUACAAUUUACACAAGAGGCAGGUGCACCAAUAAGUAUGUUUGGCAGUUUUCUGAAAAGGAAGAGAGUCCCUGCAAACUCUCUGUUCUGUCGAAGUGUCUUUCAGCUGACCUUGACCCAAGAUGAAUGAAAUGAUACAGCCAGCCUCCACCCCCAAGUUUUCAAAAAUCUUAGUAAUAAUAUUAAAUAAUGAAUAAAUAAUAAUAAUAAAUUAAUAAACGAUUAAAGCACAAGAAGCAGAACUUGAAGGAGGCCAAACCGAACUGUUUUGAAAUCUGUAUAUAUUUAUUUAUGUGUAAUUAAAUCAAAAAGUUUAAAAA